GAAACUGAGAGUGGCAAGAGCCAAGUAGUAGUUAGAGCUCAGUAGGAUACAGUUCUUGAGUCACUUCUCUGACAUCCCCUGAUAGUAGAGGUCUACAGAAAUAGAGUAAGAAGCGCGACUCCACAAUAGCCAUGGAGCAAGUAUUCAUGCACUGUGACAAAGGCACACUAAAGGUGGCCAUGCUGAAGCAUGAGGAGACUUUCAGGCAGCAGGUUCACGAGCUCCAUCGCUUAUACAGCAUUCAGAAGCUUCUGAUGCGAGACCUCAAGAGGGAGACCAAGAGCCAGAGGAACGUGUCCACCUCCCCGCACGACGGCUCCACCGAGCACGUCAGAAGAGCGCUCGCCGUGUGCUCCUACGAGCACCGCUACGCCGCGCGCGGCAGCCACGACGCAGCGGCGACAGCGACACGGACCGCGCUCAGCCUCGACGUCGUGGCGCCGGCCGUCAAGUAUGUGCGGAGCGCAGAGGAGGAGGAUGACGCGGAGGAGGAGACCGACGGCGAGGCCGAGCUGGAGCUCACGCUCGCCGUGGGCCGCGGCGGCUCCGGCGGGGGCAAGAAGAGGUACGGCGAGUACCCGUCCGGCGGGGAGAGCCUCUCGUCGUCGUCGACGGAGUCUGACGUGUUCACCGUCGUCGGCGGGGAGUGGCCAGCGCGCGGCACGCCGUAUCGCAAGCGGAGGCCGGCGGCCGGGCCGGACGUGGUGCAGGGGGAGGAUGGCGUCGGGGUGCAGCCGGCGCCGCCGCUGCUGUUCCACUGGCUCAGCCUCAGGAUGGCACGAGAUGCAUGAGAGGAACUAAGCAAGAACACAUGCAUGUGUUGCUUGCUGCUCAUAGUGUCAGGGUGUGUGACUUGGUACUGUUCUUCAGUUGAAUGCUUCUGUGUUUGCAGCUUAGUGAUGGAUCGAGUCUAGAAAUCAAUAAUUGACUAGUUGUUGAGGAGAAUGCAGGAUCCACUUUCCAAUAGAGGAGGAGAAUGUAGGGGCUUUUCAGAUGAAGCUACAAGUAUGAUUACCUUAGUGCAAGUGAUCCUGCUUUCAUUGACAGUCAAC